UGUUUUGGGAGUAUCGAUUUUUGGCCAGUGUUCAGUUGGAUACUGUUCAUGCCACGAGUGGAAUAUGUAUCUUAGUGUUUCCCCGUGAUCUUGUCGUCUGCAGCUGUGUUUCUGAGUCCCUCGCCCGCCUACCGCCACCAUGACGAAAGACAGACUUGCCGCGCUCAGAGCAGCGCAGAGUGAUGAGGAUGACGUUGGCCCGGAUGAUGUUGCCGUCAAUGUGGAUGGCAACGUGGGCUACAUGGAUGACUUCUUCAACGAGGUGGAAGAGAUACGAGAGAUGAUAGAGAAGAUUCAAAACAAUGUGGAAGAGGUCAAGAAAAAACACAGCGAGAUUUUGUCCGCCCCGCAGACGGACGAGAAGGUGAAACAGGAGCUGGACGACAUGAUGACUGACAUUAAGAAGACAGCUAACAGAGUCCGGGCUAAGCUUAAAGUCAUUGAGCAAAACAUCGAAUCUGAGGAGCACGUGAGCAAGGCCAGCGCCGACCUCAGGAUAAAGAAGACGCAGCACUCCACCCUGAGCCGCAAGUUUGUGGAAGUGAUGACUGAGUACAACCGCACACAGACAGACUACCGUGAACGCUGCAAGGGGAGGAUACAGAGACAGCUGGAGAUCACGGGACGAAACACCACGAGCGAUGAGCUGGAGGACAUGCUGGAACAGGGCAACCCGGCGGUCUUCACGCAGGGGAUCAUUAUGGAGACCCAGCAGGCCAAACAGACCCUGGCAGACAUUGAGGCUCGGCACGAAGACAUUGUCAAGCUGGAGACCUCAAUCAGGGAGCUGCACGACAUGUUCAUGGACAUGGCGAUGCUCGUGGAGAGUCAGGGUGAACUGAUGAAUAGGAUUGAGAAUCACGUACAGGAAGCUCAGGACUAUGUGGACACGGCCAAACAGGACACUAAGAAAGCCAUCAGAUACCAAAGCAAGGCCAGAAGGAAAAAGCUCCUGUGUGCUGGUAUAGGGGUCGGGGUGGUGGCUGUCCUCAUCCUGAUCCUUGUUAUCUACUUCAUCAUCAACAAGAACCCCUCCUCCUCCCCUGCCCCAACCCCCCCUCCCCCAGCCGCCAGUAACAGCGCUGGAGUGACCUGAGGCUUCAUUUAAACGAACACACACACACACACACACAAAGGGUUUAUUUGCCAAUUUGUACGCGCCGCUCCAGUACUCAUAUCAGCAGAACCACCGGAAAGUUAAUCUGUCAGGAACAACAGUAAAGCAUAAUAUUAGUGCAGUUUAACCUGUGGGACAUCGGCACCUAAAGCAUUUCCAUUUGAGUCUGUCCUGUGCCUCUAGUUUCCUGUUUUGACGUACACAUCUGUAAGCUUCUUAACCCGGUAGCAGCGGGGAUCAUGUUUCUUAAUGGUCCCUCUAAGCAAGAAAAAUUAGAAAAAAUCACCCCUCACACAAACCAUUUCAUAAUAUAUAUCAAAGCAUUUGUGAUCAGAUUAUGUAUCAUCUAUUUUGGGGGGUUUAUAUCAUGGCACAAAUUUGACCCGUCGCUGCUGCCGGGUUAAAUCAAGUCUAUGUAUAGCACCUGCAAAAAUAUAUCCAACCAAGCACAAGAUCUGAAGCUACACAAACAUUAGGUAAAAGUUAACUAAAUUUAAUGAAAAAUCGAUUUCCACGAGCAAAAUUCAAGUAUUGUGGACCUUUGAUUACGUGUAUCCUCGUUUUUUGUGUGUGGCAGCUUUUACCCAUGUUCCUCUAGGGUCACUGUUUGGGGUUGUGGGUCUGAGGCUUAAGAAUGAAGUCAUGUACCCACCAGUUUAUCACACUUUUUGGGAGACUUCUGCAUUGAAUUUGUGAUCAUUUUUGAUUUACACAGUUAAUUUCAGUUUUCAUCAAUCGUCAAUAGUGGAAGAGACUCAUUACCCCCCCAACCCCAUAAGGAAAAAUAAGAACGUUAAACAACAGCCAAAAAAAUGUAGUGAGUUAGAUUUAAUCCUUCCGCUCACAUUUCCAUAGUAUUUCUCUCUCUCUCUCUCUCUCUCUCUCUCUCUCUCUCUCUCUCUCUCUCUCUCUCUCUCUUUUUUUUUUUUUUACAGCUAAGGAGACUGUUCAAGGGCGUAAAGAAAAAUAUACAAAAAAAUAAGCCCACUACUUACUGCUCCUGAAUAGAGGUUAAAGGAUAUGAGUACGACCAGUUUGAGAGAUGCGUGCUUAUAGGCAAACUCACCCUUUUUAUAAGUAAUGAAAUACAACACACACACAGCCCUGAAUGUCCUGUGAUACCACCGCCACAUCUGCACUGCCGAGAAAGGACUUAGUAGUUUUUCUCCGCCUUGUUUCAUAUCAAGUCCAUACACAUAUACUUAAUUAUGUACCACUGCUUUCAUUAGUUACUGUAUUUAUAUUCAGUAAGGUUGUGAACUUAAAAUAAUUCAGGGUCUUUGUUUUCCUAUUUAGUUUUUCGUUUUUUGUUUCGUGUUUUCUUAGUGAGGCAUUGAUAGUCACUUGUUACCCUAAGCACGUGGGAUUUCCUCGACAUUACGCACACAGCUUUCCAAUAAUUAGUCCUUGAUGCUUGUUAUUCAUCUUGGUUGAAUGUGAGGAUUUAGAUUUUUUGUCAGUUUUGAAUUUUUUACACACACGCACACACACACACACACACACACACACACACAUAGUUUUCCACAUGGAGGUAUUAACACCUGGAACAGCUUACGGGAAGAGGUGGUGGAGGCGAGCAGUGUCCACCAAAUGAAGGAGAGGCUGGAUGAAUGUAAAUAUGGAGACGGGACUAUUAGAGUUUAGCUCGGGCCCUGUAGACUACAACUAGGUAAAUACACACACACACACACACUGCAGAAGACCAAAGAAAUCAUUAUGAGUUCAGCUACACAGUUCUGUUCUUUCUCUUCCCUCCACCAGCAGAACCUUCAUCUCUCUUACUUCAUCUCGCAAACUUCUAUUCCUCUUGCAUAUCCAGUUCUUUAGCCAUUUAUUCAUGACUAAGUGUUCGUUUUUAUCAUCAUUCUGUUGUACAUAAUCUUUUUUAUUUAUCUCAACGGUUGAUUCUUUCAUUUUGGUGCAUCAUAAUCAGGCACACAUCAUGUCAUAUUGAGGGCUAUAGGACAGCCAGGGCAGAGGGGUUUGUAUCAUACGUUGUACAUAGGUGUAGAUUCUUAUUUUAGGUGCCAUGCUAUAGUGCACAUGAAGAAGCACAAUAAAACCUGGAUUGAUACAUAUCAGAACAAUUUUGGGGAUAGUUUUUUGUUCUAUUCCAGCUUCAUUUGCUUGUGAGUGAAGGUGUUGAUUUUAUAAUACGUCAAGUUACAAACAUGAAUCCUAUUGAUCUACCUUACUUUAACCCGGUAGCAGCGGGGAUCACGUUUCUUAAUGGUCCCUCCAAGCGAGAAAAAUGAGAAAAAAUCACCCCUUACACAAACCAUUUCAUAAUAUAUAUCAAAGCAUUUGUGAUCAGAUUGUGUACCAUCUAUAUUGGGGACAGCGCUGGUUCUGUCCCACUGCAGGCUCAAGGGCCGAGGUGACAGAGAUGAGUUGUGACACCAUGCACAGUCAUGGUGUAUGCCCCCAACUUUGCCUUUUACUCUUAACUCACUCUCCUCCCGGGCAGAUCAUCUCCAACAUCCCUCAUUUUUCCUCAUCCGCAACUCUUCUACCCCAUGUAACUUGCGGCUCAGAAAAGGGUUGCCACCUCAGUGAGUUUAGCGUAAGGUGGAUCAGUACUCAUGUCUGCAGCUUACUGUCUCGGUCUCCUCCACUAAGAAGCACAGAUUUUGAAUGUAUAUAUUGCAGGAAAAUGAAAAAAAAAUAGGUCUGGAAAGUCGUUCAGAAUAAUUCAUACACACGAUAUUAGUCCGACACUUUUGUCAUCUCUUCGUUGAUCUUUUACCUUUCAUGUUUUUCAAGUUGACGUGUAAGUCGUGAUUUUACAAGACAUUAUUUUAAGGGAAGCAUUCAUAGGUAUACGUUUUCCUCCUCUUUUCAUUCAUUCCUCGGUGGGUCGUUUCUUCCUUAGUUGAUUAUUUUGAGGUAGACGUGAAGCUAGGGGUGGAGAGAGAGAGAGAGAGGGGGGUAGCAUAAUAUUUGUUCGUGCAGGCAAUAUCAUCCACAUUUAAACACUAACUUGUUUCUCAAUUGAAUCACAUGAGGCCCACACCACAACCACCACUCAGUAACCUUAACCACCACCACUGAGGACCAGGCACAACCACCACCACCACACCACUGCCUCGAGAACCACACACCACCACCAGUAACAGAAGCACACAAAGAAACACCCACACCGUCACAUGAAGUUCCUGUUGAGGCAUAAUAGAGAGAGAUUUAAGAAUUUUUGAACCCAUGUUAAUAAUGGUAAGAUUGUCGGAAACUGUACUUGAGAUGCAAAUGUCUGAAUGUAAACCCGAAUAUGUAUAGUAAAUCUGAGUUGGCGAGGAUGAUACGUUUUCGUACAAGAGAGAAAAGGGAUUUAGGCGCCAUAAUAAUAAUAAUGAUAAUAAUAAUAAUAAUAAUAAUAACAAUGAUAAUAUAUAAUAAUAAUGACGACAGGACUGACAGAAACGAUAUUUGAGACCCAGAUGAAUGAAUGUAAACUCCUUGAGGCCGUGCAGUAGUAAACUCGUGUUGGCAAAGAUGAUUUUUUUGUUCCGUAGGCUGUGAGAAAUGGCGACCAGGCAAAAAACUGUUUGGUAGAUGACUCGUGCAGUUCUGCGUAGGCCACGUAGGAGGUUGUUUAGGGUGUCGUAGGCUGUGAGGAAGCCCUGAGCAAACUGUAAAUACAAUUGUACUUCCUGCGAUUGGUGUUAGGGUGAAAGGCAAAUUGAAAUGGAGAGGGAAACACAAGGAUAAGAGCAAAGGGUGAGGGAGAAUGAGGAUACAAGAUAGAGUUACGUGCUAUAUAUAGGGUGUUUGAGGCCCCAAGGAAUGUGUAGAUAUGGCUGUACUUCCUGUGUAGGGUGUUAGGGUGAAAGGUGCAAGUAGGGUGAGGGUGCAAGAAGUGGUUAUGCUUCAUCUACAGGGUGUUAGAGAUGCAAGUUUAGGGUGAGAGGAGAGGCACAAGGGUGAGAAGGGAGGGUCAGGGUGCGAGGCCGAGUGUUGAGUAGGUUUUGGUGCAGUGUUCCAGCUCUUCCAGUGCUGUACAUAGACUAGAAGCAAUUUUAAUACUACCAUAAGCAGCCAUCAAGAUUACAAGAGUGAAAAAAAUAAGAUACGUGUUUUCUUUCCAAUUAUCUUGAUCCUUGAGUACUCGUGUUUAUGAUUAGUCUCACUGCUUUGUUUUUUUCUCCUCGUGAUGGUUUAAGGCAACUCUGUGCGUGUAUUCAGUUAAACGUUCAAGAUAAAAAAAGAUUCAGAUGAGGGUUUUUUUAUAUAUUGUUUAUCUAGUUUAAGACAACUUUAUGCACUUAUUCAGUUAAACGUUCAAGAUAAAAAAAGAUUCAGAUGAGGGUUUUUUUUAUAUAUUGUUUAUCUAGUUUAUCUGGUUUAAGACAACUUUAUGCACGUAUUCAGUUAAACGUACAAGAUAAAAAAAGAUUCAGAUGAGUUUUUUUUUAUUUAUUUAUCUAGUUUAUCUGCCUUAAGACAACUUCAUUCGUGUAUUAAGUUAAACAUUCAAGAUAAAAAAAGAUUCAGAUGAGGUUUUUUUUAUUGUCUCUGGUUUAUCUGGUUUAACCCUAUCUGAUCCGAGGGGGGGCAAACGUGGCCUCCCCUCAGCCACUUCGAUCAAAACGAUACACUUUUUUUAUUUUUUACUUUCCAUUAGCUUCUUUUCACUCAUUAUUCGUUAUUGUUUUACACUAUUGAUUCGGUACCAGUACUUAUUGUUCAUGAGCGUUAUCGUUGUUCAGAUAAAUGAGUACAAUGCUAGGUGUUACGAGCGCGAAAAUUUGGAAAUGUCGGAUCGGAUAGGGUUAAGACAACUUCAUGAGUGUAUUCAGUUAAACGUUCAAGAUAAAAAAAAGAUUCAGACGAGCUUUUUUCUUAUUGUUUAUCUAGUUUAUCUGGUUUAAGACUACUUUAUGCACGUAUUCAGUUAAACGUUCAAGAUAAAAAAAGAUUCAUACAAGCUUUUUUCUCAUUGUUUAUCUAGUUUAUCUGGUUUAAGACUACUUCAUGUGUGUAUUCAGUUAAACAUUCAAGAUAAAAAAAAAAAUUCAGAUGAGCUUUUUUAUACUGUUUAUCUAAAUGCAGCUUAGAGUAAAAAUUCAUGUGCAGAGGAAAGGCAAAUGUGAGGAAGGAAAAGGGAAGUAUGGUUCUUAGUAUUUGGUUGAAUUUGGGUUGGUAAGUGGUGGAUGGGAGGGUGAAUGGGGGGGAAGAGGUUGUGAGAGGAAGGGGUGAGUGGGUGUGACAGUGAAAGGGUUGCACAGGUGAGCCGAAAUCAUGACUUAAACAUUUGGGGUGACGAGAGGAAGGGUGAGUGGGUGUGAUGGUGAAAGAGUUGCACAGGUGAGCCGAAAUCAUGAGCAGGUGUGAGAACAAAUUAUUACUAAACAUAUACGGUAGUACUCUCAUGGUGAGCAUUCUACCUUAUACAGAUUAUACCUACCUUCCUUAGAGUAAAAUAGAAGCCCCAUAACCCAACCAAGCCUUUUUUUUUUGCUGUUUCCUUAGCUGUAAAAAAAAAGCUAAUUCUAACCCAACCCAAUCCAACCUAGAGACAAAUUCAGAAAUACAUUUGUCAUAGUAAUAGUGUUAAAGAGUAUUUCAUAUAAAAAGUUUACAAAAAAGAUAUGUUUAAACAGAUCUGGGUAAUGGUAGAAAACAUACACACAUAGAAGAAAGACUGGAAAAAUUUGGGCUAUCAUCCUUUGAAGAGAGAAGAGAGUUGACUUGAUUGCAGUGUUCAGGACAAAGAUAGAAAGAUGAUUGAUGAAAAGAGAUCUGUACAUAUUAACACAUCCGCUGCAAUUGGCACAGAUUUCGCCUUCACUGGUAGCCUGGUAACAUAUACUCCCAGGUCUUUCUCUGCCUCUGUGGUGGAUAGUGGAGUGUUUCCAUGUGGUAUUGGUGUGCUGGAUAUCCCUUCUCAAGCUGCAGGACUUUACAUUUUUCUUCAUUGAAUUGCAGCAGCCACUUUUUGUUCCAUUCCCUUCCAUCCCCUCUCAAGGUGCAGGACUUUACAUUUUCCUUUAGCUUGGUGAUGUCUUCUUGUAGGAAAUCCACAUUCAAAGGGUUAAUGGGAUGGGGAGUAACGAGAGGACAUGGAAUGAAACUAAAAGAACUCACAUUAAGAUUCACUGACACGCAGAAUGGCCUAAAGAGGGAAAUCAUCCAAUCCAAAACCUUACAUGAAGUCAAAGCUAAAAUUGGCCAACAGAUACAGGAAAACAGAUUAGCUCAUUUUCCGUACAACACAGCUAAGUAAACACACCUGUGGAGUUUAUUACCAAGCUCAAUGACACCUUUCCACCUGCCUAAUGAUUGUAGGCCACCUGUGUGUACUUGGGGAAGGUGGUGGUGGUGACAGGGGGAAGAGGGAGAGGGAGGUGAUGGCAAAAGAGGGAAGGGAGGUUAGGGUAAGGAAGGGGAGUGUGCGGAAAAGUGAGAAAGAGGAAGGUGUUUGUGUGUGUAUUUGGGUGAGGUGGUGGUGGUGAAAGGGAGGGAGAGGGAAAGGAAGAGGGAGGUGAUGAGGAAGGGAGAUCAAGGUACAGAGAAAGAAAGGGGAAGUACGGAAAAGUGAGAAAAAGGAAAAUGUUUGUGUGUGUACUAUAGCAAGGUGGUGGUGAGAGAGAGGGAGAGGGAAAGGAAGAGGGAGGUGAUGAGAGAGGAAGAUUACAAUACAGAGAAAGAAAGGGAAUGUACGGAAUGUAUUUGUGUGUGUAUUUGGGCGAGGUGGUGGUGACGAGACGGAGGGAGAGGGAAAGGAAGAGGGAGGGAGAGUAAGGUAAAGAGAAAGAAAGGGAAUGUACGGAAAAUUAACGAGAAAGAAAGUGCUUGUAUGGAAAAGGCCUUGUGGGUCAAUGAAGAGAUAAUUUGGGUGUAUGUGGCAGUGUGGACGUGUAUAGUGGUCUUACUUAUUGCAUGUAUAGGUAGUAGUAGCUGGUAGUGGUAGGUGGUAGUUGUAGUGGUAGUAGUAAUCAUUGGGUAGAGU